AUGGAUUCGAUACAAGUCCGAAGAUUCAACGGUUCGCCUGGUCCGUCAUCGCCACCCGGCUUCCGUUCCUCAGGCUGCCGUCGCCAGAGCUCCGAGCAAAAGUCUCCUCUUCCUCCUCUCUGAAAUAAUCCCCCAUCAUACUCUUCCUUCCAAAGAACCGAAGGCAAUUCAAGGGAAAGAAAAAGGGUUUUUUGAUAUCGCAUAGAGUUUCCAGCAAGGGAUAUCCUCGUUUAAUCUGGUUCAUGGGUGCUUCCGAUCCACUCCGCCUUUUUUGGCUUUUGUGGCUUUUCAUGGGGACGAUGGCAGCAGGGCGAGUGCAGGGUCAAAUGGAGUCCUCCACAAUUUGGAGCUUUAGCCGACCGAACAUAUGGCUGCGGCCUUAUGAUUGGACUUACUUGAGAGUUGACGUGCCACUGUGGUUCUCUUCCAUAACAAUGAUCUUCACAACUAGUGUUCAAAUUGAUAAGGAACAACUUAAGAAGAUUCCAAAGAGCAUGCUUCCAGUGUUAUGCUUCAAUCAAGGCCGUCUGCCUCUUCCGGAUGUAUCCGAUGCUUACUUGGAUUCUUUAUUGUCAAAUUUUAUCGCUAAUGGAACUUUUGAUGGCGCACAGUAUCUUCCCAAUUUGGAGCAGUGCAUUCCAUUUCAGAAGAACCUAACAAUUACUUUGACUAAAGACAAGGUGUCUCCGGGACAAUGGUACAUUGGAUUUUUUAAUGGCCUUGGACCCGAACGCACUCAGUCAAAGAUGAUUAGCCGAGGUCAUUCUUACACGAUAAGUGCAAGCAUAAAUGUGGAAGGAUGUGAUUCUUCAACAACAUGGGGUGCUUACUGCAACAAUACAUUCGAUAUGAUUUCUUGUUCUCAAUCUUCUAAUUAUAAUCAUCCUAGGAACCUUUUAGAUGUCAAUUUGUACAACAGCAGGAACCUCAAAUAUGAUAAUUAUGUACAAAACCCUGUUAAAAGGAGAAGGGUGGCCAUAAACUCCAAUAUUUCCUUACCAGCAGAACUUUUGGUCAGCUGUAAUAAUUCUCUGUUGUCUUGCAUUGGCAAUGGAGAGCUAAAAGUCUACUCUUUGGAUAUAGUAGUUCCAGUAGCUCAGUUCAGCAUCACUGUUGCAGAGCUAAUGUUGAAUCAAACAUCUGUAUCUAACGGUUUGGCAGGUUCUGAAGGAAUUCUCGUUAUGUGUUAUGCUCGAUAUAAUGCAAUGCCACUUAGUUCGGUGCAUGAUUAUUCUGCUGAAAUAAGCAGGAACCCCUUAAUAGUUAAUUCUCCUAGAAUUGGACAGUGGUUUGUUGCCCUGCAGGUUCUGAACCAGAAAAAAAUAGAUGGAGAAAUUGAAGGAAACUUUUCUUUGGCCACGUUGUGUUUUUCUUUAGAGUGGCUAUUGUAUCAGUGCAGUUAUGGGAAGGCUGGACAGAACUGCACCUGGGAAUCACAUGCUCUUCAGGGCACAAUGCAUAGUUGCUUUUGUGCAACACCAGGUAGUAAAUUUAGGGGAAGCGCCUCUGUGAGGACUGGAAACACAAUCUUUCUACAUUACAUUCUUCUAAGUUCUAAUUUCUUCCUCCCUGGCACAAUUAAUAAUAAAAAAUACAGUCUUUGUAAUUCCACAGCUUUCCCCAUUGAAAGAGAUAGAAGACUUGCCUACUCCAAUGGAAGAAGCUUGGCUGGCAAGAGUCAUGUUAACGAACAGCCUCUGUUCCGUCUUCCUGCUUCUCUCCAGAGUUCGCAGGAGGGAUUCGACGAUUCCCAAAUCAGCGCGCAGCUGGACUAG